AUGAAAAUCCACAGACAUUCACGCAUCGGACCGUCCGUGUACAUGCACGAGAAAGACCUGCAGUUAUAUGUGCCGCCAAAAUCAUGUCGCGAAGUGGAAGAAUGGCAAUGUGAAGACAAACCAUUGAUUGAAGAUGAACUGAAUAAACAAAAUAAUUUAUUAAAUUAUUUACACAAUAAGUUCUCAGCUAUGUCUGAUAAUCCGAAUGAAGAAACUGCCUCAGGGCAAGCAAUGCUGUGGGACGUUCAAACAGCCAUUACAGCUCUAAAGCGACGACUAAAGUCGGUCGCUGAACCGAUUCCUUCAUCUCAAAGUUGCCCGCUCGAAAAUAAGCCGUUUUUGGAAAUGUAUGAAGAAAAACAAUUGGUUGCGGUACAAAGUAUGUUAAGAAAGGAUAUUAUGGAGGAACGUAAACUAGUGGCAAUAUUGUUGUGGAGUUUCCGGAAUAACACAGAAAACGAUAUUUCUGAGUCUGAGACUGAAAAUUUGAAUCAUGAUAUUAAGACAAAGGCAGAAGAGGAUUUAAAAGAAGAAUGUCAAAAAGAGGAAUCUAUACGUUUGGCGUUAGUGGAGGACAUAUGCCGACUCAAAAUGGAAUGUGCUUUACUUCGAGCAAAAAACGAGAUGCUAUCUCACGGCCAUACAGUUAGUACUCGGUUUUAG